AUGAAGAUUACAUCCCUACCAGCAACAGGCAGCCACUCCUCAAAGAAGGCUUCUUUUUUCUGGAUGAAGACUUGGAUUCAGACUCGGACUGGGACCCCAGAGGAUGAGGAGGAGGUGGAGGUUGGUGAGGAAGAACUAGAGGGGCUGAAGAAUGAGAGCGACAUUCAUCAGUUCGCAGCUGUUCUCUGUGAAGCUCAAGCUCUUGCUGUAAAGGCUGAAUGUGAAGCAGCAGCUGAUAAGCCCAACCGCCCAAAGCACUACACUGGGAACUUGAAACGAAGCCAGCGGCUCCAUGCCUUCAAUCGGAAGAAGUUAGCAGCAGCUGGACAACAAUUUAUUAAUUCCUGGUUCACAGUAGCCAAAAAGACGGUCUCCGAGGAUGAAUCUGGUUCAGACUCAGACUCAUCACCUGAAGACCCACCCACCAAAGAUGUUGAGGCAAGCAUGGGCCAGCUCUUCCCUGAAAGAGAUGAAUUGAGCAAUGAAAUGAACCCAGGGCCAUUGCAUGACACUACAGGCACCCAGAGUGACACACGAGCAAGAUCUGCAAAGGAGGAAGUCAAAGAGCUCCUGAAGCAGUUGCGGAAUGGAUGUCGCCCUUCAGAUGACAGCCCUGAGACAAGGACUGAUGUCCUGUUGAAUGGAUUAUGCUACAAGGACUUUCCUAUGCUGCGUCGUGCACUCGCAAAACUCACCAUCAAGAGCAAAGACAAGAAGCUUGAUGUGUUCUUCCAAAGCCGAAUUACAGGGAUGUUUUUGAAAUCUGGGAAACUGCCCCUUCACCGAUAUGGCUCCUACAACUCCUCAAUCCUCAAUGAUGAAGACUUCGCCCGGGAUAUCCAGCUACACUUGACAGGAAAGGCAAAAGAUGGCUACAUCCGGGCACAGGACAUUGUUGACUACAUUGCCACAAAGGAUGUCCAGGAGCGGCUUGGGGUGAAGGCACGAGGAAUCACCGUUCGAACAGCUCGACACUGGUUGAAGAAGCUGAACUGGUGA